UUAUGGACUAGUCGAUGCUUAUGGACUAGUUUGUAUUCUGUUAAUUGUUUAUAAUUAUUAUAUCAAACUUUUUAACUACGGAAAUACGGAAUAUUUUUUAAAUAAUCUUUGGUAAUUUUAUAAAUUGAUGUUAAUUUAUUAAUUCUGGAACAACUCCUUUCCGUUGCUCUUGGCAAAAACCAUUGACGGACCUUGAACUUUGGCAACUCGGCAACUCUGCAUCGAUCAUCAAGAAUUCAAGAGUAAUAAAAAUAUUACAAACUCAUUAGAGAGAUAAUAAAAAAUCGCUUAAAGUAUUUCCGAAUCAUAAUGGAAGAUGAAAAUGCUGAUGAUGAAAUAGCCUCAAAUGAAAGAAACCUGAAUAAAAAAUUAAUUAAAAGAGGAUUUCAACAACCAGAAAUCAGUCGGUACAUUAAAGAUGUUUCUUCUGCCAAUUACAACACCAACAAGCACCGAAUGAUUCGAAUCAUGUUUAUUGCUAACCAGCUUGCCAGAGACGCCGGUGUUGAAUUACUCAUUUUUGGGUAUUUCCCAAAUGUUACUGUGGGAAGUUGUGCAGCAUGGGCAUUUGGUGAAGAGACUAAAAAUAUUGUUACGAAACCAACAGCCAAAUCAUUUCUUAAACAUUGGGAGAAUGUUUUUUCAUUAAAAGAAGAUAUACGUCAAAAUCCAGCCAAGGCCAAUGUUGAUGUUGACAAUGAAGAACCACAAACUGAAAAUGUUGACAAUGAAGAACCACAAACUGAAAAUGUUGAAAAUGAAGAACGACAAGGUGAAAAUGUUGAUGUUGACAAUGAAGAUGAUCCACAAACUGAAAAUGUUGAAAAUGAAGAACGAGAAGCUGAAAAUGAAGAACCACAAACUGAAAAUGUUGAGUUAAACAAAGAAAAAGAAGUUGUCGUAUAGUAGACUUUGUUUUCUUAUUUUUUGUUCUUGUGUUGAUAAGCUUCGUACUUAACUGCAGGAAAGAAGGUGCGCCAGAAAGGAAAAAAACAGUCUCAAAAUCAUUUACCGGUUGAAUUAACAACGAUGACCGCUUCGAAUCCUUCGUCGUUCCCUCCUGUAACUUUGAGUGAAACGCAAGUUCUUAUCUCUUCUCCUAGUCCGCCGGUUUCAGUUGUCACUAUUCGCAGUGAAAUCCCUGAACUACCAACCCCUGAAACUGGACAAUGGGGAACGGAAAAUGGAGUAUUGGCGUCGUCGGAUUCUGCAUCCGCUUCAAUUUUCAAACAACAAAAGCGGAAGAAUGGUGUCGAAAGUGAAACAAGUACGAAAAAAAACGCGCUGUUUCAAAAAAUGUUGCCUCAACGAAACAGACACAGCGGAAGUCAA